UAGUACAAUGACCUACAAAUGUGAAAUUUGUGAUAAAUCGUUUACUAGAAAACAGGGUUUAUCAUAUCAUAUCAAAACCCACACAGGAGAGAAACCCUACAAAUGUGAAACAUGUGAUAAAUGUUUUGCUUCGAAGAGCAAUUUGAAUUCUCAUCUCAGAAUCCACAAAGGAGAAAAACCCUACAAAUGCCAAACAUGUGAUAAAUGUUUUGCUUCGAAGAGCAAUUUCAAUCGUCAUAUUAAAAUUCACACAGGAGAAAAACCCUACGAGUGCAGAAUAUGCAAUAAACGUUUCAGGUUCAAAUGCUCUUUAACUUAUCAUCAAAAUCUCUACACUGGAAGAACAAUCUACAAAUGCAAAAUAUGUAAUAUAUGUUUUCCUGAAGAAUGGGUAUUAGAUUGUCAUUGCAGAAGACAUUUGAGGCAGAAACUACACCAGUGUGAAACACUUCAUCAAAAUUUCCUUUCUGGAAUGGAAACGAGUAACAAUACAACGGGUUAUUCAAAUGUAAUUUCCAGCGAUUAUUCCAGCGAUCGUCGUUACGAACAACAAAAUCAUUUCAUUCAGCAUCUUUCCACUCAUUCUGAAUACAGACCAUUGAUUUGUCUUGUGUGUCAUAGUCAAUUUCAAACGAAAGCAAACCUGGAUGCUCAUCGUGCAAUGCACGAUCUAUACCCAUUUAAUUGCAUUAUAUGUUAUCAAGUGUUCUGUAGUCAUAAGGCUUUAGAAGAACACAAAACAAUGCACGAACCAUUAGUUAAUUCGUCUUACUAUUGCAAUAAAUGCAGAGUAACAUUUGCUUGGGAAGAAGAUUAUGAAGUUCAUCUUGAAUAUCAUUAAUCAGCUGAUAUAAAUUUUGUUUAAGAAAUUUCGAUUGAAAAUUUGCCAAAAAAAAAGUUUGAUGACAAUUUUAAGUAUUUUAAAGUGAUUUUAGAAUAAAGUUUAUU